AUGCCCACUCAUAAGCAGAGCAGGAUGGAGUUCAAGCAGAGGCUGCCAUUCACGGCUGGUAUAAGAAUGGUUAACAGAGCCAAUGCUCUGAAGGAGCUUAAUCAAUUGGGACCUAUGGUGGAGGCGCCCAGGAAAAGGAAGAAGGAGAUGGGUGCCCGGAUGAAGCAGAUUGGGUAUUACCUGCGUAGCCUCAUUGGCAAUAAUGAGGUGAUGUUUGUUGGCUUAGUUGAAACUAUGAUAGAAGACAUUUCCAGGUCAGAUGUUGAUAGACUCAUUGGUCCCAAUUGGGAGUUUUUCCAUUAUCCAGCUGAGGGAAGAUCUGGUGGAUUGUUGGUGAUGUGGAGACGGGAUACUACCCAAUUUGAGGUUGUUUUGACUAUGAACCAAGCUAUUGUUGGCCAUUUGGUGUUGCUCAAUCUUCAGAAGUGGGGAAUUGUGCUUGUAUAUGCCAGCAAGAGCUAUCAUAGCCGCAGGAUGUUAUGGAGUACCAUUGGCGCUAGCCUUGAUGCUGAGUUACCAAUGAUUGUUGGUGGAGAUUUCAAUUGUUACCUUGAUCAAAGUGAGAAGAAGGGAGGUAGAAAGUAUAGCUAUUCGGUGGGUGCUCAGGAAAUGGCAGACUUCCUUCUUGAAAAUGAUUUACAUGACUUGGGAUUUAUGGGUCCUAAAUUUACAUGUACUAAUAAUAAAACUGGCAACAAUAAGAUAUGGGUUAGACUAGACAGAGUUUUAAUGAACUCUGAAGGCCUUAGACUUGCCCCAUUGGCCACAGUUAAGCAUUUGUUGAGAAUUGCUUCUGAUCAUUGUCCAUUGUUGCUGAAUCUGAUGUCUAAUCCUCCAAAAUCUGGGAGUAGAUGGUAUAGAUUUGAAGAUAUUUGGAUGUCUCAUCCAGUUACUUGGAAGCUGGUAUGGAAGGAAUGGAACAAAACUGAUUAUGGGCAGCCAGCUGAUGUGCUAAAUCGUAAGUGUUCCAGAACACUUAGAGCUUUGUUUUUCUGGAGCAGAAACCGGUUAAAGGAGCUGGGGAAUUUGAAAAAUUCGUUGGAGGUAAGAUUGGGAGAACUUCAAGAACUUGAAUGCUCAAAUGCUGGAUUAAAUGAAGCACAGGAGCAGGAAAUGAGGAGAAAGGCUUUUAAAUUGAAUACCACAUUAGCCCGCAUUACAACUUGGUGGAGACAGAGAGCGAAGGCGAGAUGGAUUGAGGAGGGAGAUGCCAAUUCUCAUUUCUUUCAUUCCUUUGCCUCGGCACGUAGGAGGGGGAACAGAAUUCUGGAGGUCCAGAAGCCGAAUGGAGAUAGGAGUGGUGAUCCAGCUCUUAUACAGGAGGAGUUCAUAAAGUUUUUUAUGCUCAAAUGGGAAGAGAGGCAGAUUGUGUGUGAUAAUUGGCUAAGCUUUCAUAGUGAAGACAAGAUUCCUGAUCAGGUGAAUGAGAUUCUGGAGGCUGAAAUCACGGAGCAGGAGGUUCAACAAGCUGUCUUCAGCAUGGGGAACAAUCGUGCACCGGGUAUGGAUGGUAUUACAUCUUCAUUCCCAAAAUUUUAUUGGGAAAUUGUUAAAUGUGAGGUGACUCGUGCUAAUAUUCAUUUCUUUUGCACUAACUCUAUGUGUGAAAGUUGGAAGGAUACUUUAGUGGUUCUUAUACCCAAGGUUGUAAAUGCAUUUGUGCCGGCUAAGUUUCGACCAAUUAGCCUUUGCCAAUCCUUUUAUAAGGUUGUGGCAAAGAUUUUGAUUAAUAGGCUCAAACCAGUGCUGGGCAGCAUUGUCAGUGAGGAGCAAGGGGCCUUUGUUCCAGGGAGGUCUAUUUCCAACCAUGGCCUUAUUGCUCAGGAGUUGAUGAACAAGUUCCAGUUCUCUGUGAAGAAAUCCGGGAUGAUGGCUUUGAAGAUAGAUAUGGAGCAGGCAUAUGAUUAUGAUAACCUCAUUUUUGCUGAAGCCAGCAGGAGGAAUGCCAAUUGUAUCAUUAUUCUUUUGGGAGACUAUUUUGACUGGACUGGACAGAAGAUUAACGGUGGGAAAUCAGCUGUUCUCUUCUGCAAGAGCUGUCCCAACUGGAAGAAGCGUAUGAUUGCCAAGCUAAUGGGGUAUAGAAAGAAGACCAAUAUAUGGGGGGAGAAGCAUCUAUCGUUUGCUGGAAGAGCUUUGCUAAUUCGUACAUCAUUACUUAGUAUUCCUAUGUACUUGAUGACUAAUAAUUCAGUUCCUAAGGGGAUCCUCCAAUCUAUUGAGAAACUUGGCAGAAUCUUUUUAUGGCAGAAGGAUUCUAAUAGUAGGGGAAUGCAUUAUGUUGAAUGGAAGGAGUUAUGCCAACCCAUGGACCAUGGGGGUCUUGGAUUUCACGGGUUAGACAAUUGGCAGGGAGCUCUGCGUGCUAGGCUGGAGUGGCAAGUGAUUAGUACUCCAAAUUUACUGCUGCAUAAGGUUCUUAGAGGGAAAUAUGGUAUGGAGCUUUGGAAUGACACGCAGGUUUAUGAAGCCUCUACUACUUGGAAGGUGAUUCAUGAUGGUGCUAAGGCUCUUAGAACUAUCAUCAGGUGGAACAUUGGGGAUGGCCAAAGCAUUGAUGUGAUGCAGGACUGCUGGAUACUCGAUCGGAGGAUAGAUGAUUGGCCGACCUUUGUUAAUGUUAAUGAGCUGGAGAAGGUCAGGGUGAAUUGGUUGCUUGAUGAAUCUGCUAGGUGGAAUGAGGAGAGGGUGACAAAUUGUUUUGGUAAUGUAAUGGCUGAGAGGAUCAUGUCUAUUGCUACCAAUGGGAAUGAGGGAAAUGAUGCUCCUGAACUUAUUCACUCUCGGAUGAGCAUGACUCUGACUGCAAUGGCAUAUAAAGCUAAGAUGGGAGAAGGUGAAUACAGUUAUUCAUGGAUGAGGAAAUUGAAGUUACACCCACGGGAAGGCUUUUUUUGGUGGCGUCUUCUUAGGAAUGCGAUUCCUACUAAUCAGUGGCUUUUUUAUAGAGGAUUAUCAACCAACUCUCUCUGCCCGUGGGGAUGUCAGGUUGAUGAAAGCCUGGACCAUUGUACAGCUCUCUGUAAUAAGUUGAAAGAGGUGCUUAACAUUUUGAGGAAAUGGGGGUUUCCCAUGCCUUCGGUUUAUUCUUUGACAGAAUUAAUGCAGGAGAUACAUGUUAAUGGGGAAAUCAAUCCAAGCCUAGGACGAAUAUAUUGCUAUACUAUUUAUCAGUGCUCCCCCCCUCCAGGAUGGCUGAAAUUUAAUGUUGAUGCUGCAGUGAAACCUUCUAAUAUGGCUGGAAUUGGAAUUGUGGUGAGGAACUUUGAGGGAGCAUUGAUCGUUGCUGCUGGUAAAACAUUUGAGUAUUGGGAUGCUUUUCAAGCUGAGGUAAGUGCUGCAGCUGCUAUCAGUAAGGUUCACAUGGAUUGGAUGUUUGAUUUAGAUGGUAUCAUUAUAGAAGGAGAUUGA